GCGCUCAGGCUGAAGAAGACACCAGCGACGAGGACGACCGAGAGGCCCAUAACGGCAGUGUUGGCUUUCCAGUUCUUGGGUUGUGAGUACCAACCACCAGCGGGUGACCAGACGUGCUUGGGGCGACGUAUUGCAACUCACCACAUGCGCCGCUCAUUGCUGUCGCCGCGCUCACUCCGCCUGUUGUCGCCAACCUCGACCACAGCCUCCUCUCGCCGUGCCUUUGCCCUCUCGUCCCGCCUCGCCCAAGAUGCCCCCGUGACACCAUCACAACCUGCAACACUGGACGAAGCCAUCCUGGACACAACCUCUGUCCCCGUCUCAAACUUCUCCAGGACUUACAAUCUCAAUCCUCCCGUCACCGUCAGAGCCGCUCGCAUCGACUCUCCCAAGCUCAGCGCUCUCCAUGCCCGUCUUUCGCUCCCACCGCGCUUCCCCGUUAGCUCUCUCGGACGCUGCCUGGUACACCCCUCGGCCGAUCGCAACCCUCUAUACAACAAUGCCUCGCUCGCUGUCAUUGGCCAAGACCUGCUUGCAAACUACACUGCCGAGUGGCUCUUGUGCAACUACCCUCGCCUCCCCAUGCAGGUCCUGUUCGCCGCCCAGUACGCUUACUCGGGCCCGCCUACUCUCUCAGCCAUGCGCGAGGAAUGGGGUGUAGAGUCCGUCGCCGCCCCCGGUGUCGAGGUCGACCCUGGUCUCUUGCAAUUCACCCGCAUCAAGCCCGGAAACGCCAUGGCCGAAGGCACCAUGCUUCGUCAAAAGGACAUGCCCUCGGCUCAAGACAAAUCUGCCUCCGCUCGUCCCAAUUCACAAUGGAACUACCGCCGCGGCACCUCUUCUCGCAUUGUCUACGACAACAACUUUGGCGACCUGCAAGACACUGCAGACGCCCCGGCCUCUGAAUACUCCCACAACCCUGAGGCCGGCGUCACCACCGAAGAGGCUUCGGCCACCUUCAUCAACGCCGUCUUCGGUGCCCUCUACCUACACGCCGGUGCCCAAGCCACCCAGGCCUUCCACCAAGCUCACAUCCUCUCGCGCCACAUUCCCCUGCAUACUCUCUUCUCCUUCACCCACCCAACCCGCGAUCUCUCUCGUUUGUGUGCACGUGAAGGCUUUGAGCCGCCAGUUGCCCGUCUGCUUUCCGAGACUGGUCGUCACUCUCGCAGUCCCGUCUUUGUCGUCGGUGUCUACAGCGGCAGCGACAAGCUAGGAGAAGCCGCUGGCUCAAGUCUGGACGAGGCUCGUGUGCGUGCCACUGCAACCGCUCUUCGCUCCUGGUACCUCUACUCGCCUCCCCGCGAGAACAUUGUUCUUCCCAGUCAAUCUGGCACCACGCAAUGGAAGCCCCAGAUGAUCGACAUUGGCGAGAUUGUCACUUGA